AUGGCCGAAACUUCAGGUCGCCCGCGCGUCUACUUUGAUAUCCAGAUAGGAAAGAGAGCUGAGGGCCGCAUUGUCUUUGAGCUAUUUAAUGAUGUUGUCCCCAAAACCGCUGAAAACUUCCGUGCGCUCUGUACCGGCGAGAAGGGUGAGGGGAAGUCGGGGAAACCGCUCAGCUACAAGGGUUCCAUUUUCCACCGUAUCAUCAAACAAUUCAUGAUUCAAGGUGGUGACUUUACCGCAUUCAAUGGCACUGGCGGAGAAUCGAUCUACGGCGAGAAAUUCUCCGACGAAAACUUCGAGCUCAAACAUGACCGCCCCUUCCUGCUUUCUAUGGCUAAUUCCGGCCCGGGUACGAACGGGAGCCAGUUCUUCAUCACCACCGUCUCCACCCCACACUUAGAUGGCAAGCACGUGGUUUUUGGCGAAGUCAUCAACGGUAAAGGGCUGGUGCGCAAGAUUGAAAUGUCCCCCACAGACUCGGGCGACAAGCCACACACCGAAGUUAAAGUUGUGGACUGCGGCGAACUGACCGGCGAAAGCUACGACACCGCCACCCAGUCAACCGUCGACGAAACCGGUGACAAGUAUGAGGACUACCCGGAGGAUGCAGGGAAGGAAUUUUCCGGCGAAGAAUAUUACAAAAUCGCCUCUGACCUGAAAGAAUACGGCAACAAAGCCUUCAAGGCAGGCAACGUUGACCUAGGCCUAGAUAAAUACCAGAAGGGCCUUCGAUAUCUGAACGAAUACCCAGAGGCAUCAGACUCGGACCCGCCCGAACUCGCCGCGCAAAUGACCCAGUUGCGAUUCACAUUACACUCCAACUCCGCGCUGCUAGCGAAUAAGCUCCGGCGCUUUGAGGACGGGCGAUCAUGGGCCGGUUUUGCGCUGGAGACCGCCAAGGCUGCCAAUGCAAAGGAUGCGGAAAAGGCCAAGGCGUAUUACCGGCGAGCUGUCGCCUUGGUAGGGUUGAAGGAUGACGAGGAGGCGUUGAAGGAUUUGGCGGAGGCGGCGAAGUUGGCGCCGGGCGAUGUCGCAAUUGCGAAUGAGAGAGCAAGGGUUAAGAAGGCGAUUGCGGACCAGCAGCGGAAGGAGAAGGAGAUGCUGAAGAAGUUUUUCAAGUGA